AUGGAUUCUUCCGAAGAUUUAACAAUUACUCGGGCCAUAAGAAACUUGAUAACAACAGUAGCUGAAGCAUAUGAUGAACUUUAUCAAAGCGGUUCGGUAAAUAAUGAAGUAUCUUUAAGAUGGGCAAACAUUUGUAUCGAUAAUAUUGAUUAUUUUAAUUCAAUAUUGUCUGAUCCGCGCUCUAGUGUUCACGAGAAACGGUGUGUACAAGCAAACAUUUCACUUUCAUAUUGGUACAACGAAAGGUGUGCGCCUUUGCAAGCUGGUUAUUCUACAUUCAUCAAGCUGCCUAAAUAUAUCCGAGACAAAAAAGCAGUGUUGAAUAUUGAAAAUUAUGAUGAGUAUUGUUUCCUGUGGUCCAUCAACGCUGCUAUAUAUCCAUAUAUGCCAGCUCAUCCCGAAAGAACAUCAUCUUAUCCUCAUUCCAGCACAGUGUUAAAUUAUCGAGGUAUUCAAUUUUCAAUCCAACUAAAAGACAUAAGUACUUUCGAAAAACUUAACAAUUUAUCAAUAAAUGUUUAUGGCUUAGAGUCAAAUUUCGUAAAAAGAAAAAAAAAUAAGUCUAAUGAUAUUGUACCAUUAUAUUUAAGCAAUAAUAUUAAUUCAGCUAAAGCAACGAUUCAUCUGUUAAUGUUGGAAACUAAUAAUAAUAGCAAUGAAAUUGAUGAUAAUCCUAGCAAUUAUAGACCUAUAUUUCAUUUUGCUUGGAUUAAAAAUUUUUCACGCUUAGUUAAAAGUCAGUUAAGUCAAUCUCAUGCUAAAUUAUUUUUUUGUGAUCGCUGCAUUUGUCAUUUUAAGCAUGAAACUGCUUAUAUGAAGCAUCAACUAGAUUGUUUGAAGUAUAAUAAAGUUAGAAUGAGAUUACCAGAAAAUGAUGAGAAAAUUAUGCGAUUUAAAAAUUAUAAAUUUAAAGAUUCAGUGCCCUUCGUUGUUUAUGCUGAUAUUGAAUGUACGCUUAAAUCUGAGUCUGAUGAAGUUCAAAAGCACGUCCCGCACAGUGUAUCAUUUUAUAUCCACUGUAGUUAUGACAAUUCACUAUCUAAAUUUGAAAUAAAUCGUUCUGCUGAUUGCAUAGAAUGGUUUGUCCAACACUUGGAAAUUUUAGGGCGAAAACUUGAUAAUAUUCUAAAAAAUGACGUUAAAAAAAUGCAUCCACUUAGUACCGCUGAAGAAAAUUAUCAUAAAACAUCAAAAAACUGUCACAUUUGCGGUAAACCAUUUGUAGCUGUCAAUGAAAUAAGAUGUUACGAUCAUUGUCAUUUUACUGGAAAAUAUCGGGGUCCUACACACAAUUCAUGUAACUUAAAUUAUAAGCAAUCUCAUACUAUCCCAGUAAUAUUUCAUAAUUUAUCUGGUUAUGAUUCCCAUUUUAUAAUAAAAUCUUUAGUAUCGGUUUUCAAUGGUGCAAUUACAAUUCUACCGGUAAAUAAAGAAAAAUAUAUAUCUUUUACUAAAACUAUCGAAAAUACAAAUGUUGAGUUACGAUUUAUUGAUUCAUUUCGUUUCAUGGCUUCUAGCAUAGAAAAAUUAGCAUCAUAUCUUAGUGAUGAUAAUAAAAAUAUAACACAACAUUUUUAUCCUGAUCCUGAGAAAUUUAAAUUAGUAACACGUAAAGGUGUAUUUCCAUAUGAGUAUAUCAACUCAAUAAAAAGACUUGAUGAUGAACAAUUACCGGAAAAAAAAUUAUUUUAUUCUAAAGUUAAUGAUGAGAGUGUGUCUGAUGAGGACUACAACCAUGCUCAACAAGUUUGGAAUAAAUUUGGUAUUCAAGCACUUGGCGAGUAUUCAGACUUAUAUUUAAAAACAGAUGUCUUGUUAUUAGCUGACAUAUUUGAAAAUUUCCGUAAAAGUUGCUAUGAAACAUAUGAGUUAGACCCUUUACAUUAUUAUACUGCUCCGGGACUUGCUUUUGAUGCUAUGUUAAAACAUACAGGCGUUGAGUUAGAAUUAUUAGACGAUCCACAAAUGAUUCCGUUUAUAGAAAAAGGUAUCAGAGGUGGUGUAUCGCAGUGUGUAAAUCGUUAUGCUCAAGCUAACAAUCGUUUUAUGGGAAAUGAUUUUAAUCCAAAUUUAGAUGAAUCGUACUUGAUGUAUUUCGAUGUAAACAAUCUGUACGGGGCUGCAAUGUGUAUGUCUUUACCGCAAGGAUCAUUUGAAUGGGUAGAAAAUUUUGAAUGCACACAAGAUAAUAUUGAAACUCUGUUUAAUUGUAGUGAAACUGAAGGAUUUAUUUUAGAGGUGGAUUUGAAUUAUCCAAUAGAAUUACAUGAUCUUCAUAAAGACUUGCCAUUGUGUCCCGAACAUUUUGUACCUCCUGACAGUAAACAGUCAAAAUUAGCGACAACUUUAUAUCCAAAAGAAAAAUAUAUAAUUCAUUUUAGAAACUUACAGCAAUGUCUCGAGCUAGGUAUGGAGCUUGUAAAAGUUCAUCGAGUUUUAAAAUUUAAACAAUCAGCAUGGUUGAAACCUUACAUUGACAAAAAUACUAACUGUAGAAAGAAUGCCAGAAAUGAAUUUGAGAAAAACUUUUAUAAAUUGAUGAAUAACGCGGUUUUCGGAAAGACAAUGGAAAAUGUUAGAAAGCACACAGACGUUAGAUUAGUUAAUUCAUGGGCCGGUAAGCAUGGUGCUAAGAGUUUAAUUUUAAAACCUAAUUUCCAUAGUUUCAAUAUUUUUGAUGAAAAUAUGUAUUCUCGAUUUAUCAAAGACUUUUAUUUAUGA